AUGCCUCGUGGUCAGAAGAGUAAGCUCCGUGCCCGUGAGAAACGUCGUCAGGCCCGAGGUGAUGCCCAUGGUGUCCAGGGUGCUCAGGCCACUGCAGCAGAGGAGGAAGGGUCCCCCUCCUCUUCCUCUCCUCCUUUUGGGGGUUCUCCCCAAAGCUCCCCUGCUGCUUGCAUUCCCCAGGGGCCUCAGAUAGGCCCAUCCACCACCACUGCUGCUGCAGGUGCUUCAGGCACAAGAGCUGGUAGAGGGGCCAAGGGCCAAGAUGAGGAAAGUUCAAGUUCCUCUGAGGCCCCAGCCCCGACUGAGAGGUCACAGAAAGACCCUCUAACCAGGAGGAUGGUCAUGUUGCUGCCGUUCUUGCUGCACAAGUACAAAAUGAAACAGCCCAUUAUGAAGGGAGAAAUGAUGAGGAUCAUCAGUAGAAAGUACAAGGAGGAUUUCCCUGAGAUCCUGAGGAGAGCCUCUGAGCACUUGGAGGUGGUCUUCGGCCUUGACCUGAAGGAAGUCGACUCCAAAGGUCAAUGCUAUGUCCUUGUCAGCAAACUGGAGAUCACCAAGGAAGAGAAUCUGAUUGGUGGCAGGGGGUUUCCCAGAAACGGGCUCCUGAUACCUCUCCUGGGCAUGAUCUAUACAAAUGGCAACCAGGCCACUGAGGAGGAAGUGUGGGAAUUCCUGAAUGUUCUGGGGAUCUACGAUGGGAAGAGGCACUUCAUCUUUGGGGAGCCCAGGAAGCUCAUCACCAAAGAUUUGGUGCAGGAAGAGUACCUGGAGUACCGGCAGGUGCCCAACAGUGAUCCUCCACGCUACGAAUUCCUGUGGGGUCCCAGGGCCCAAGCUGAACCCAGCAAGACAAAAGUCCUGGAGUUUUUGGCCAAGAUCAAGCAUACCAACUCCAGUGCCUUCCAAGCCCCCUAUGAAGAAACUUGGAGAAUUGAGGAAGAGAGUGGUGCAGGCAGAGAAUGGGCCGGAGCUGGUCCUAAUGUCAGGGCCAGGUCCAGUUUCAGGGGGAAAUCCAACAGGUCCUCCCACCCCUAG